CGCCGUUAUCUCGGCAAAAGCUCUCUCCUGGCCGCCGCCGCCGCCGCCGUCGCCUCGUCGCGCGUUUGAUAAUACGCGAGUUUUGUACACAAGCUGCAAAAAUACCAAAACAAAGGAACAAAACGAAACGAAACCCUCCGCUGGCCGCACACUAUACACGGGACGGAGCAAUAUCAUAACAAUAUAUAGGUACGCACAGCUGCUAUAGUGAUAUUAUUAUACAGUUAAAUAUUGUCUAUCAAUCAUAUCUAAUAUAUUGGCCGCCGCGACCUCAUUAAUAAUUAUUACAAAUAAUAUCGCGCAAAAGUCGGCCGUCCCGCGUAUCGUGUCCGUCUCGCCGGGAACGUUUCGGUUCGCCGUCGUCCACGAUAUUAUAAUAGUAUACAGAUCGUAAACCGUCGUCGUCGAUCGUUGCAAAGAUGGAUGCUGGUCCGCAAGCCUACGGGGCCGGCAAAGUCGGUGGCGAGUUCAACGUCCAAAACUUUGUCCGCAAGCCGCACGUGUUCGUCAGGCUGCUGUCGUUGUUGUUUGGUUUGAUCGUUUAUUUUUGUGCAUCAUCUGGCUCAUGGACUACAGACACAAAAACCAACGAGGAAGUAUGCAUGUUCAAGCUUAAGAGUUUUGGAUGUCACAUUGGUGGCGUGGUGGGCUUUACGUCAGUUAUCGGAGCAGCUGUAUUUGUCGGCGGCGAGUAUUAUUUCGAAAACGUGCCGUCGGUAAAAAGCCGCAAACAUUACGUGCUCAUCGACCUUGGAUUCUCGUGUCUAUGGUCGUUUUGGAAUUUUUUACUUUUCAUUUAUCUAGCUGAUACAUGGGGUAAUACACCUGAUUUCCCUGAUUCAAUUAGCACUGCCAAUCCAACCACUGCCAUUUAUUUUGCAUUAUUCGCUACUUUUUCUUGGGGGACUUCUGCAUACUUCUCAUACCAAAGAUAUAAUAUGGGUGUCGAUCCAGCAUUUAUAUCAUCUUUUGAAGCCGAUCAGUUUGGAGCAUACGACGAAACGCAAAAUAACAGUAACAAUGAAUGUCCGUUUAAUAAACAGAUGUCGGGUGAAUAUCAAACUCAAGCUUACUAAGUACACAAUCAGUUUUUCAACGAUGAUACUGAACAUGCCAGCAGAUUGUGUUUUUACCAAACAUACCAAAUUACUUAUCGCCGAUGGUAUUACUGGUUUUAUUACUUCACAAUAACUAAA